UCAUGCGCACUAAAUGUUGUUCAUGCGCACUAGAGGGUGUAAAGCCAUAGCUAGCCACCGUACAAUAUGGGGAAGUUUACAGCAUGCAUAAUCUCGUUUUUUGUUAUAGUUAUUUCAGUUUUGAUCGGAGAAAGACUCAUAACAUUGAGGCAUGUGACACUUUCCUCUAGAGAACUAACUCAGAAAUACCUUCCAAACUGUCACCUGAUAGAGGGCAUAGAGUUUGGGGCUGAAGAUAUCACCAUUCUCAAAGACGGAUUAGCCUUUCUGAGUACUGGCUUGAGGUAUCCAGGAUUACCGUCCUAUUCAGAUGAGCCUGGAAAAAUCUAUACUCUUGAUGUUUUGGAUUCUGGGCAGAACAUUCAAGCAUUGAGCAUCAAGGGAGAAUUUGACAAAGACUCUUUUAAUCCACAUGGCCUCAGUGUGUACACAGAUGACAGAGAUGGUGCCAUAUAUGUAUUGGUUGUUAAUCAUCCUGAAGGCAAAAGUCAGGUGGAGAUUUUCAGAUUUGUUGAAGAGGAGAACUCUCUUCAGUACAUUAAAACCAUUAAACAUUAUCUCCUGAAGAAUGUGAAUGACAUUGUAGCGGUGGGUCCUGAGAGCUUUUAUGCCACCAACGAUCAUUACUUCCUUAAUGGCAUUGUCAAGUUUCUGGAGCCUGUUUUGACUUUGGAGUGGUGUGAUGUCAUCUACUACAGUCCUGAAACAGUGCAGUCUGUAGCAGGGGGCUUCUCUUCUGCCAACGGGAUAAAUAUCUCCCCUGACAAAAGGCAUCUAUAUGUGUCAGAUAUUCUGAACCAUAAAAUUGUUGUCUUGGAAAUAAAGAAAAACACCAUAUUGUCACGUUUAAAGGAGGUUGAUGUAGGAUCACUGUGUGACAACAUUGAGGUGGACCAUGAAACUGGGGAUCUCUGGUUGGGCUGCCACCCAAAUGGUCUCAAAUUUCUUCUUUCUGAUCCGAAUGAUCCACCUGGCUCUGAGGUCAUCAGGAUUAAGGACAUCCUCUCCAAAAAGUCUCGGGUGACUCAGGUAUAUGCAGAUGAUGGCAGUGUGAUCAUUGGUUCUUCCGUGGCGACCCGGUACGGGAAAAAACUACUUAUUGGAACAGUUUAUCAGAAGGCUAUGAUCUGUGACUUCAAGUAGGAUAUGUACUUGACUCUGAGAUGAAUAAAUAAAGGUUGAAUGAAUAAAACUUA